AUGAAGGUUAGCUACGCUGCUACGGUGUUAUGGUGGGUGAUGUCGCUGAUCCUGACGAGAGAAUCCGUGGCGGAAAGACCAACGUUUCGCAUUAUUGCACCGGAGUUUAUCUGUCAUCCCGCCGAAGACUAUAGAAGCCACCAGGAUAAUGGCAAUGCAACGGUGGACAUCACCCGUGAGAAUUCCACACAACCCUCACGCCAACUAACGAUCGGCUUCCAGACGAAUGGCGGCCAACGUUUGCAUUACCGUGUGAAAACGUACUUCACGCUGCUCGGUGACACCGGAUUCAUCAGCCAACGGCACACGGUUGGGCUGUGGCGUGCCGUACGACAGCUGGAGCAGCGUGUCCGGCGCGAUAGCGACAUGAUCGCCCAGAACGGUCAGAUGACGAUCGGUACCGACGAGUUGCUACCGGGUGUCGUAUACUCGUUCGGUGUCGUCGCCGUGGAUGCCGAUGGUGUGGAAAGCGAGGAGCAAAACUUUACCAUGACCUACCGGAACGUGGACCAGGGUGCCUCGUUCGAACACGGCGGAUCGUCCAGAAGCGGUGACGACGUGUCACUGCUGAUGCUUGGCGCCGAGAAAACGUACGCGGACGUGGAGUACAUCGUCACUGCCCAGCUUAUCUUCUGUCGGCGGCGGACGGAUUACUACUUUCGCUGGAAUAUUGCAUCGAUGAACGAAAGUGAGCUAAGCGCUGUCGCUAUGGAGCGUUCCAAAACGCUGCGAGUACCUGCGGGAAGUUUUCUCCCCGGGCAACAGUACGAAAUCCAAGUGUCCGUGUUUUCGACAUCCACUGUGGACGAGGUUAUUGCCAAGACACACAUGGCGAUAACCAUUUUGCGACGUGAUCCGGAGGUGGUUCUGUUACCAGCCGAUGCAAUAGUGGGUAUUGAUCAAGCCGUUCAGUUACGAUCGUAUGCAUCGGGCGGAGAAGUGGUGUGGUCAUGCCAGAAGGAAGGCGUCGACGGGAACUGUGACGAUACGUUCGAAAUUAGUGAUGGUGAUGCGGUGGUUAGCUUUUACAGAGAAGGACAAUACCACGUAAAAGUCUCCGUUGCUAAUGGCUCUGGCCAGAAAGCUGAGUCUCAAUCGUUGUUGACCGUGCACCCGAAAGUGACUCCUACCGUAAAGAUACUGCAAUGGUCUCAGUAUCCGGCCGUUGCCCGCGAACCAUUCGAGCUUCUCGUGAGCGUUGCUGGGUUGGUGCCGAACUGCUACUCGAACUGGACGAUUGUGCAGGGAGAAGAUGGUUUUGCUUCCUUCGAUGCAGCUCAGCUACCUAAGAAUGCCACUUUGGGUGGAUUGCUCAUUCGGGACAUUGAGGAAAACUUUCUCUCCGAGCUGGUCGACUACGGCAACGAUACUGUCGUGAAGGAUGUCGUACUGUCCAUUCCGGCAGGUACAGCGACAGGGCCUUGGCAAGGACUCGAACCGGAUGUGCGCUAUAAGUUUCGUUUGCAGACGGUCUGCCCUGAACCGAUCGACGAUAGCAAAACGGCGGGCCAGCAGAUGCACCGUAAACAGGUGAACAGUCACUGGACGUUCGUGCUGGAGACUAAUGGUGCUCCCGAAGUGCUACCGAUCGAAGUUUCGCCGGAGAGCAAUGGAACGGCGCUGAAAACUACCUUCAAGAUAUCCACCGGGAUAGCGAAGGAUACGGAACGAGAUUAUCCCUUGCGGUACAGUGUCUGGUAUGUUGCCGAUGGGGUGGAUAUAAAUGUUGCCACCGCGUACGAGAUAACAUCAGCGGAAACCAUUCUACCGUACACAAAAACUGGAUACGUUGGAACGUAUAUAACGGUGUGCGAUUCACGAGAUGCAUGCACGAAGGCCAUUGGUCCGAAUGUUUUCAUCGCACCGGGCGUAGAACCGUCGGUAGCAGAGAUUUCCGAUGCGUUUGAAGCGAUGGAGAGAUUUUUCGAUCGGCUCAACUACCGCGAUGCACUUAAGUGUGCCUUUGAGCUGUUGAUAACACUGCGCAACCGCCACUCACCUCAGUACGAAGGUGCGUAUCGACGGUUUGUCGAGCUGCUACAACAAUCCAUCGCACACAUCCGGAAGGUGUACGGCGAAACCACGUAUCUGUCCGAUGCGUCCAUACAGGAGUUUAUCACGCAAGCGAAACCCAUCCUGGAUCUGGAGGAAUCGACCAAUCACGAACUGUUCCAGCAGCUGCUGGAAUUAAUGGAUCCAUCACUGGACGCAACCGCACCACGCAGCAGACGUUCCCCGCAAACAACGCCACUGCAUGCUACGGAAAGCACCACCAAAAUCAACACCAAACUGUCCCUAAUGGAAAGUCUGACCGUGUCGAAAAAUGUUUCCGUCGCCAGCCAGGCACGCACUAGUCUGCUCAGUUUCGUGCAUCAAGCCACCAGAAACUAUUGCACGAUCGAGUCACACCACGUUUAUGUAGGGCAACUGAUCACGUUGGAAAUGAACCGAUACCGCAGCCUUUCGGAGGUAAACUUUCGACGCGUGCCAGUUCCGAACAAUGUUCUGCUCAGUGCGCCCACGGGCCGUGUACAACUACUGGAUGGCUUUCCGGAAACGGAGUACUACUGCUUCGGUCGUAUAUACUACGCGCGUGAUCUGUUUGUUCAAAAGGAAGUGCACGAGUUGGAUUUGGGCUUUUAUGAAGCCUUCGUACUGUCCGUGGAGAAGGGUGGUAUGUGGACACUGGUAGACUGGAAAAGUGAUUACUUCCUGUGGUCACUGGAUGGGAGACGAUUACCGAACGUGACGUGUCAACUUUGGACCGACAAUGCUUGGAGCAGCAAGCACUGCGUCACGGUGGAAACUGUCACGGAUGAGGUGCGAUGUAAUUGUACUCAGAUGGCAUACUUAAGAAUAUCCAAUGAAACGGAGACUGUUUCAAAUAAGUCAUUGAGCCGAAAUACAACUACAGAGUCACCUGCGAUGACUAGUGGGACAGAACCAUCGCUGGAGUCUACAGUCGCACCGGAACACGGUAACUUUUCCGAAGCAGUAACUGUAGCGUCCGAUCCGACAACGACUUCUUGGUCGCCAAGCGUAAGCCUUACCGCAAACACGUCCGAUGUUGUAACUGCUACCGAAAGUGAUAUGCUGACGCUGGGGUCGAUAGUGGACAACGCGACAGAACCAACGGAAAGCUUUCCCGUUGCACCACCAUCGAACACGUCCAUCGGCGAUAAUGGACCCAGCGCUCUACUGCAAGGUGGUAACGAAACCGGAAAACCCGUGUUACACAACCAAACGUUGGAAGUUUCCUCGAUCGGGUACACGAUCGCAGGAGCGCUGGCAAUCGCGUCACUGGCUAUGGUGGUGCUGACUGUGAUCUAUCGGCGGCGUAAGGCAGUGUUGCGGUUGGCCGAUGAGCUACACACCGUACCGUCUAGAACUCGCACACAACCGUCACCACACGUACGGUACGCUCGGUUUCAAGACGAACACAACAUGACCGGUGACAACGUGUCUACCAUCUCGGACGUACUGACUAUCUAA